CGUAAAGCGCGCUCGGAUGUCAAAAAUUAUUCGAACAAUCAAGUGUUAGAUCAAGCAAGUUUUCGGGUGUACUUUAUCUGUAUUUUCUUGAUAGUCAGCUUUUGCCUCAUUGUUGUUUGUUACAGUCAAUCAGCGUCCUUAACACGUGCAUCCGUUCAACCUUUGAGUUUUGGCCAUGGAUGAGUUAAGGGAAAGGAACAUCGUUCUCGCAAAAUUAUGUGAACAAGCUGAACGAUAUGAUGGUGAGUCAAAAGCUCUUUAAAUAUUUUGUUCCAUAUAUCUGCAAACACUUUGGACAAAAAGUACGUGUGUUAAUUCGAUUGCACAUGCUUUCUGUAUGUGCAGUAUAUAUGAAUGAACUUCAACUGGCAUCAACUGUUCCCCAUGAUAAUGUUUUGUAUAUUAUUUUAUUACUUCUGACCCCAGCCUGUAUAUUUCCUCCAGUCAACAUAUUUUGGUUGACUCAUUUCAAUCUUCUAGGUGGACGUUCCACUUUGUCUACUCUAUGUCUACCUGUCCUAUUACUCCAAAUUUAUGGUAUUACAGAGAACACACAUUUUGCAUGUGUUCGGUCAUAUAUGCCUUUGCUAGGAGUGGAACUGCCCGGUGAGUGGUGUUAUAGUUAGCUGCCACGUUCUUUAAAUACUAAGGGGGAAUGAACUAGUGCUGUAUAACCUACGUAUUGCAAUCGCCUAAUAACCCAAAGUCAAUCUACAAUGACUGUUACUUUGUAUUUCUGUCGAACUUAUACGAUUUACCGGUCCAUAAAGUCGAAAUUAAUGCUAACAACAUGAAGAAAUGACAUCUUGUGCUCGUUUCGCAGGUUGAAAACCAAACCAAACAGUCUAAAAUAAAUCACAAAACGCGAAUAGAUCCUACCCAAACCCCUGGAAAUGUAUGUCUAGUGUUCUCUUUCAUCGAUUUAUUUUGCUUUUAUCAUAUACUUGAUCUUACAACACAUUUCUGCUGUUGAUAUGCAGAACCUAUUCAGACGUUUUUGGUCCAAUUACUGUAUGUUGACGCCCAACCACUAUUGAAUCGGUCUAGAAAGACAUUUACUACCUAACGUAAUGUCCCCUUGGUUUCUGGUUUCAGAGUACAGUCUCUAACGAAACUAUGAUUUAUGAACGAACCAGGCAGAUAUAAGAUAACAGGUCUUGUAUUUUGGCGGAAAAUUCAUGCAUUUAUUUUUCUAAAUAGCGUUUUGGCAUCUUAGCUGGUGUCAGUUCGUGAUGAUAACCCUAAGUCUAGUUCCUCACCCUAACCACCAACUGUGGAUUAAAAUUCGAAUUCUUUGCACUGGUUUGUAACCCUUACGUAGUUCUGGUUAGCAGGCGAACACUCACGGGAUAACUUUACGGUCGCUCAAAGAUCGUCACUAAGUUUUCUAACCGAAUCGAAAUUCCUAAUCAUAGGAAAGAUGGCAUUGUAAUUUGUUCAGAUCUUGAGCUCAUUGUACUUUCACAUCAUUAGUUUUUGGUUCUCAAUAUAUUCCAAAGCACUACUCUUUUUUGUCGCACAAAUCUCUUAAAUGCAAUGUCACUGUAGUACGAUUCGGUCUUUAGUGCCUUGGUAAACCCACGUUAUCUCGUUUCGCCACACUGAUUAUUCAAGUGGUUUUUAGAAAUUUGUAUGCAUUUGUCUGAAGAUCUUGGGUACAAUUUACAUCAAAUCCAGGCAUGAUAUCAAUCCAUGGUUCACAUCUGAAUAAUGAACUUUAUGUCACGACUUAAUUUAAUUGGACUAAAAUGGUUAAAGCCAUGAUCGAAAUAGCUACGAAUACCGAGACUGAACUUACAGUCGAAGAACGAAACCUUCUGUCUGUUGCAUACAAAAACGUCAUUGGUGCCCGCCGAUCAUCGUGGAGAAUAAUAAAUUCAAAGGAGAGCCAGGAUGAAGCUAAGGGAUCAGACGAAAUACAUAUAACCAAGCGAUUUCGAAAAGAAGUGGAAAAAGAGUUAGACGAAAUAUGCACGAGUAUUUUGAACCUUCUGGAUAACUGCCUGUUACCAAAAGCUGUUUCAGACGAAUCAAAAGUCUUCUUAAAUAAAAUGAGAGGCGAUUACCAUCGCUAUAGAGCCGAGUAUUCUGUUGGGAAUCAAAGAAAAGACGCAGCCGAAAACAGUCUUUGUGCAUAUAAAAAAGCAGCAGAGGACGCGGAGAAACUUCCUGUUACUCAUCCUAUUCGACUAGGUCUUGCCCUAAACUUCUCAGUGUUUUAUUAUGAAAUUCUUAAUAACUCUGAACAAGCGUGCAAAUGCGCAAGAGUAGCGUUUGAUUCGGCUAUCGCUGAACUAGAUACGUUAUCGGAAGAAAGUUACAAAGAUUCAACAAUAAUUAUGCAACUAUUAAGGGAUAAUCUUACACUUUGGACCUCAAAUAGUGAAGGCGAAAAGGAUACUGCUUCUCCUAAGGGUGACAAAAAGUGACCACUGACUAUAUCUAUCCACUUUCUCACCUUAGUAAUACUGAUUGCUUCCUUCUACUCUGUGGAAAUCUGUAAGAAAAAAGCUUCAUUUAAUUCUUCCAGCUGGUCGGUAUUUCUAUUCUGCUAAAAUUGUGCAGAGGUGAUCCAAUAUAGAACAAUUUGUCUAACUUUUCUGCUGUUUUCUAAUGCUUAUCUGGGGUCCUACUAAGGCUUUUUAAACUUAUUUUGUGUCUGGUCAACUUAAUAAUAAAUGUAUUUUUGAACGGAA